AUGCCCGUCGUAGCCAACUACCUGGUGCCCGACCGGCAGGUCGCCAGAACACUCACGGCGCAGGUAGAGGCGUCGUCGACGGCGGCCCUCCCACACCCCGCUCCUCCGCUCCCCGUCCCCGAAGCAAACUUCAUCCCCCUCUACGUGCUCCUGGCCCUCGUGCCCCUGACCUUUCUCGCCGUCGGCCUCUGGGCCUGCCGCCUCGAGCGCAGAGCAGCCCGCGCCCAGGCCAGCGGCGACAUCGAGCUCCAGACCCUCCGAACCUUCUGGUUCCCCUGGCGCGAGGCCGUCGAGGUCAGCCCCCCCGCAGCGGCCGCCGCCUCCGAGACAGCCACGCUCGCGCCCGGAGCUGCGGCGAACCAGGCCCCCCACACCAGCGAGGCGGCGGCGGCGGCGGCCCUCGCUGAUGGCGCGAGCCGUCUGCUCUCCCGCCUCCGCGCCGGCGAGGCAACGACGACCCUGCCCACGACCAUCAAGGACUGGCGCUCCGUCCACGCGGCGCUGCUGCCGCAUCGCUUCGGGCCCUCGCCGUUCCCCGGUCGUGGCGGUCGCGAUGACGGCGGCCCGGUGAGCCCCACUAUUUCGGCGCCUUCCUUCAUCGGCUCCUCGGUGGUUUCCAUUGGUGCCGGGCCGGAUGACAUGAGGAGCAGCUGGGUCUCUGGUGGAGCUGCUGCUCCUGCUGCUACCCCCUGCAAGGUUGUGAGGUUCGUUGGCGAAGGCUGUGAAGAACAAGAAGAAGACGAAGACGACUGCAAGGGCAAGGGCAAGGGACGGGCUGGCGUCCAGGUCACGACUCGCUCGGUCGUUGUCAGCAACCCACAGGAUGGAAAAAUGUUCUGA